AACAACUUCUCAUACUUUUGAAUCACUUUCCUUUUCUUACAUUUGAAUUUACCUCUCAGAAAAAGGUAAUAUUUGUUCAAAGAUUUACAGCCUAGCAAAUCUGGGGAGCAGAGAAUGGCUGAAGAAAACUCUAAUGUAUCUUGUUCAGUUGAAACUGAGAAGACAAUAACUAGUGUACAUCAUCCAGAAGUGGUUGAUAUUAUGGAAGGAGCAGGAGAUGCCAUUCAAUCAACAGAAGAAAAUGUCCUAUCAGGCGCAGUAACCAAAUUUCUUUUACCUGAAAAUACUACAUCCAGUGAAGGACCAAAAUCAACUACUGAAGAAAACAGUUCACCUUCAGAAGAGAUAAUUACGAGUACCAAGACCAUUCCAAGCACUGAGGAAACUAUUCCAAGCACUGAGGAAACUAUUCCAUGCACUGAGGAAACAAUUUCAUAUAGUGAAGAGAACUCUCCAGCUCCAGAGGUCAUCUCAUGUGAUAAGGAAACCAGUUCAGCUCUGGAACAGGUUAUUUCAGCUGAAAAGGAAAUCAGUUAUCCUGCAGAAGAGAUGACACCAUGUACUGAGGAAGCCUGUUUAUCUUCAGAGUUGGCCAUGCAAUCUGCCCAGAAAAAUAAUUCUUCUGCUGUUGAGACCAUGUCUUUUCACAUGCAACCCAAUUUGCCUUGUGAACAGACUGUCACAAUUGUACAGGAGACAAUUGCCUCAAAUGAAAAAAUAAAUCAGCCUACAGAGGAAAUGGUCUUACCUACAGAAAAUGCUAAAUCGUCCACAGCAGAAACUGCUAUUCCUGAAGUAACAUCUAUUCAAAGUACAGGUCCAGAAUCUGAGAUAACAUCUUCAAGUUCUUUAAUAGAUGAAGAAAUAAUACUGCAGAGCAGUCCAUUGGAAAACUCUACUGAUGGUGAAAUAACUGAAAUGGUUCCUGCAGUGGAGGGGGUGAUCCUAUUACCGCCAGAAGAAGCCAAUGAGAAGAAAGAAGCAGAGAGAAAUGUAAUAAAUCACAAUGCCGAUGAAAAUAGUGAUGAAAUGGAGGCUGAUGAAGAAAUUUCCUCAGAGGAAUUCCAACAGAGAAGUAACUUAGAGUCACCUUCAACUAGUCCCAUUCUAAGUAGUCAACCAGAGUCACCAACUAAUACUGAUUGUGCUGAGGAGCAAUCAAGACCUUCAAGGAGACCUGACAUUACCAAGCACAGCUAUUCCAGGUACAAUACUGUCUCUUAUCGCAAGAUCAAAAAAGGAAAUACUAAGCAGCGUAUUGAUGAAUUUGAGUCAAUGUUACAAAUAAAUUAAAUGUUGCAACAAAUAAUGCAAUGAUAAUUACUGUCUCUUGUCAUUAAAUUUAAUUGAAUUAAUUGGCCUAGAAAUUGAAUAGUGCCCAUAAAAGCUCAUUAAUGAGGUGAUGUGUGGUGGGCCAACAUUUUGUUUGAAGGCCCAUUGCUGGAAAUUUGUGUGGAGUGAGGCCCAAGGAAUUGCAGGUUAAGUCUUACACUUCCAAAGGAAAUUAGAUAAAUUAUGGGAUUGGGAAUGGUUGGAUCUCCUGAGGGAGAUGUAGAUGGUCAGGCCUCAUUCUUGGGAGGGGAGAGAAAUUGGGACUUCCAAUAUUGCACAGACUAAUAGGGGGAUUGUUGAGUGGAGUCUCAAUAUGUCACUAGGAGUUGUACCCAUUAUUAAUGGGGGCAUCGGUGGAGGGGGGGCUAUGGCAGCACAGGGAAGAUGUUUGAUGGGACACCAGGUAAGUUCUAGGGCUGAACAUUGUGGACUGGGACCUGCCAAAAUAAAGAACAGGCCUCACAAGCAUUAUGAAGUUCUGCUUUUGCAUGAGUGGUCUUUGCCACCUCCCAGCCUUGCGUGUGUGAUCCAGAAUCAGUGAAGCCGCAUCUGGUCUUCUGAAGUUUGGUGCUACAGAUGCACAAAAGGUCUGGAAGAAAAGUCAUGACUUUGUGGAAAAUACAGUAAGUCCUUAUGAUUGAAUUUUUUAAAAAAAGAAAUUGGACAGUGUAAUGCAGGGAAAAAAACUGGCAUUUCACAAUUCAAUUUCUAGGCCAUUGUUUUCACUUUUGAUUCUAUGUAUCACAACUUACUAUAAUUUAAAUGCAAAAAUUAUAUGGCUUAUUGAAUUCAAACCAGCAAAGUACAUGAAAUAAAUUUAUUACAGCAGUAAUCCAAUGAGAAAUGCAACUUGCAUAGUCUACCUUUUAACCUUGUAGAUCAUUAGUGCGCAUCACAACUAUUUCCAUCAAGCAGCUCAACAACAGCCUUUUUAAGAAAAAAAAUGCUUAAUUCAUCCUUUGGCCUAAAUAAUUGAUUUAUUGCACAAUGUUAAAUAGUGAAUGGCCCCUUAAGGAUCAGUAUGCUUCAACAAGAUCGUUGCAAUGAAAUGCCAAACAACUGUGCAUUAUGCUCGUGGAUAAUCUGAAUUAAACCUUAUUCAUUUCAUGUGACUAUUGUUAAUUAGGUCAAAUGGAUAUUGUGGUAAUCACUCGUAUUGUUGUUCAAGUUUUCUUUAUAAGCUUGUAUUAUUUUGUUGUGAACAAGCCUAUUGCAAUUAGAAAUUUAGCAAUUGUUAUGAAUGUGACUUAAAAUAUAUGAUUAGUUCUUGUAAUGUUUAUAACCAGUUGCUUUUCUGCCUUAAUGUUCAUUUUGGUUCUUUCUGUGCUUAAAUAAUAAA